AUGCAUCUACAAUACGACCCGGAGUUUCUGAAAGAAGCUGCUCCAAUUCUCGAGCAGCUGGGACAGACCGCCAAACCACUCGUGCAUGAUGUUGCAACGAGACGCGCCAUGCUGGGAGCAAUGGCGAGCAAGGAAUUCUUCCAGCCAGAGGAUGUGGAACAUCAAGUCUACUACGUCGCUGCGACUGAUGGAUAUGAGGUACCAGUCUACCAUUUUCGCAACUCUCUGCCUCGAGAGGGACGAGAAGCGGCCAUCAUUCAUAUACACGGCGGAGGAUACAUCGCGCUCAGUGCAGCGGUCCAUUCUAGGUCUCAUGUAGACACGGUGUCUCAAACCGGAGUUCAGAUCUUCAGUGUUGAGUAUCGAUUGUCGCCUGAGAACCCAUAUCCAACACCCUUGCAUGAUUGCUGGGCCGUCUUGGAGUGGGCUCACAGGAAUGCCGAAAAACUGUCGAUUGAUCCAGCACGCAUUGCAGUCAUGGGAGAGAGUGCUGGUGGUGGUCUAGCUGCUGCUUUGACUCUCCUGGCCAGGGACAAAGCGCUGUCGCCUCCUAUUGCCAAGCAGAUUCUCAUCUAUCCCAUGUUAGAUGAUCGAACUGUGACCAACCAUGCGGGGGAGUUGGCUUUCUGGGACUCCAAUGACAAUGUCACCGGAUGGACGGCGUAUUUGGGAUCAGAUGUCGGUGGUGAUAAGAUCGUCCCUUACGCUGCUCCGGCUCGAGUGGAAUCAGUUGAUGGUCUGCCUCCGCUUUACCUGGAUUGCCCACAACUCGACAUGUUUGUGCAUGAAGGCAUGGAGUAUGCACGCCGGUUCGUGGCAGCUAAUAUUCCCACCGAAUGCCACAUCUACCCAGGCCUGCCGCAUGGGUUUGAGGCAUUGGGGUCGACCGCGAGUGUCACGAAACAGGCUCUUGCCAAUCGGAAGAAGGCUAUAACCAGCUUUUAA